AUGACGCAGCCAACAUCACAGAAGGAACCAGGCAAGAAAGUCGAUCUGCACAAUGGCGUCGCAGAGUUCGUCAGUAUGGCCUCGGUAGCUCCAGGCCACGGCACAAAUCACUUCAGCCGCAUCAGCAGUCGCAUCAGCAACAACCUCACUCAAUGUACUUCUCGCGCAAAGGACCAUCUUGCACCGCACGUCCAACCCGACAAGAAGUACCGUGGAGGAAAUGGAGUCGUGAAGAAGGAUGGUAGGGGUGGCCGCGCAGGAAAGCGAUACGGCAAAAACAAGAACAAGUUCUCCUCCAUGCAGCAGUCCUUGUACGGAGGACAUAGUCGGUGUUCCCAACAAGGGACCGACCACGAUACCAUGACUGACAGCCGCUUCGGUGGCCCCAAGUCGAUCGGCUCAAGAAUUCCACGUCCCGUGGACUACGGACCUCCCGAUGAGGCAUGA